CACCUUGCGUCAGCUGCUGGGUCUUGGAUUAGGUGAAGCUAUUGGCUGAUGAACAGCAAUCACCAAAAGAAGAAAUGAGUUUAGGGGCCGCGUGCGUUUUCUUGCGAGGAGGGAAGAAUAUUACAAGGCAGCUGGCUGAAGAUGAGAUUGAGGAGCUUCGGGAAGCAUUCAAUGAGUUUGAUAAAGACAAGGAUGGGCUGAUCAGCUGUAAGGACCUGGGGAAUCUGAUGAGGACGAUGGGCUACAUGCCCACGGAGAUGGAGCUGAUCGAGUUGAGCCAAAAUAUCAACAUGAACCUUGGUGGCAAAGUGGACUUUGAUGAUUUUGUAGACCUGAUGGCCCCGAAGCUUCUGGCAGAAACCUCCGGGAUGAUUGGCAUGAAGGAGCUCAAAGAUGCCUUUAAAGAGUUCGAUACGGAUGGAGAUGGAGAGAUCACAACGGAGGAGCUGCGGUCGGCCAUGAGCAAGCUGAUGGGAGAGCACAUGAGCCAGAGGGAGAUAGACUCAAUAGUAAAAGAAGCAGAUGACAACGGAGAUGGCACAGUAGACUUUGAAGAGUUCGUCAGAAUGAUGUCCCACGAAUGAGCAGCUGAAAGAAGAAGAAAUGACCUUUGCACCUCUACGGACAAGCUUUAAUACUAAUGCUGUCGUUCUAUAAAGCUCUUCAACAGAUUAACUUUUUACAUAUAUAUUAAGAACAUACAAAUUUGUAAUUUGAAUAAAGUGCUGCUCAGAAAAGUGAAGCAAUGUGAAGUUGUUCUCAGAGAGAAUUUUACUGUCUAUGCAACUAUUGAAAGUGUCUAUCAAACUAAUAAUGUGUUGCCUGAUUAUACUUAUUUUAUAAGUCAUUUUGGAUCGUUUUGUUGAAAUGGUUUGAAUUUUUCAAAUGUUUGUAUUGUUAAUUGAAGACUUUGAUUGUUUAUGAACUAUUCUCACAACAUUCUUAUCACUAAAGAAAUGUUAUAAUGAAAAUGUAGAUAUAAUAGUUAUCAUCUACUUAAUAAGCAAUCACUGUGUAUAACAAUUGUGCAUAUCAAGUAUUUAG